GCGGGGAGGGGAUUUCCUCGGGCUCCCUCCCCCGGGGGCUGGGCCAGCGGGAACCUGUGGGAGGAUUUUAAUUUGAGGAGCGACCUAGCAGUGUCUGGCAGGGCGGGAACUUGAGGACACCUGAGGCAGCCCCUUGGCCUGGAAGGCAGGGAGCAGCCUGUGCUGCCUGGGUCGCACCUUGGCCUCCCCAGGUGGAGGACGACCCAGGACAAUGGCUGCUGCUCACCAUUUGGAGAUAGAGGAGGACGUGAAUCUGAAUAUGGAUAGAGAGAUGAAGGAAGAGCUGGAAGAGGAGGAAGUGAGAGAGGGCGGGGCAGAUAAAGACCCCUUCAAGCCUAGAAAGGUCCACAGGAUUGUCUCAAAAUGGAUGCUUCCUGAACCGGUGCGAAGAACAUACCUGGAAAGAGCCAACUGCCUCCCGCCCCCUGUGUUCAUCAUCUCCAUCAGCAUCGCCGAGCUGGCACUAUUUAUUUACUAUGCUGUAUGGAAGCCUCAGAAACAGUGGAUCACCUUGGACACGGGCAUCUUGGAGAGUCCUUUUAUCUACCGUCCUGAGAAGCGGGAGGAAGCCUGGAGAUUUAUCUCAUACAUGCUGGUUCAUGCUGGAGUUCAGCACAUCCUGGGGAAUCUUAUCAUGCAGCUGAGUCUGGGUAUCCCCUUGGAAAUGGUCCACAAAGGCCUCCGAGUGGGGCUGGUGUACCUGGCAGGAGUGAUAGCAGGAUCCCUUGCCAGCUCCAUCUUUGACCCACUCAAAUCUCUUGUGGGUGCUUCAGGAGGAGUCUAUGCUCUGAUGGGAGGCUAUUUUAUGAAUGUUCUAGUGAAUUUUAAAGAAAUGAUUCCUGCUUUUGGAGUUGUCAGACUACUCAUCAUUGUUCUUAUAAUUGCGUCGGACAUGGGAUUUGCUCUCUACAGACGGUUCUUUGUUCCUGCAAAUGGGUCUCCGGUGUCUUUUGCAGCUCACAUUGCAGGUGGAUUUGCUGGAAUGUCCAUUGGUUAUACCGUGUUCAGCUGCUUUGAUCAGGCAUUGCUGAAAGAUCCAAGGUUUUGGACAGCGAUUGCAGCUUAUUUAGCUUUUGUUUUAUUUGCUGUGUUUUUCAACAUUUUCCUAUUUCCAGUGAACUGACUUGCCCUUAAAAAAACCAGUGAAUAAAAAGGGCCAUCUGGGGGGAAAAAACAAAACUGGAGAACUCUCUAUGAAGAAACAGAGAAGUCCCAGCAAAUGCUAACAAUUUUAUAAAGAGAACACCCCUGAAGUUGUCGGUUUCAAAGACUGCUUACAAAAGGGGUUACGGUUUAAGGAAGGAGCUCUUCUGAGGGAAUGAAGGGGAAGAGGAAGAGAGAAAAGGGAGGGGAAGUGAGAAGCAGAGACUGGCUCUUUUCUAGGCAUGCCAUGUCAAGGGUAUGCAUUCUUUAAAAGAACUUGCUCUUAGGAGGAUAUGGUAUAGAGACUGCUUGAUAGAAUCCACAAAUAAUGUACUCUGCUGAUAAUAAAAACUUUUCAUAUCUGUCAGACUACCGAUGAUCACUUUCCAUCACUGUCUGAGUCAACAGGUCACUGUUUGGGGUGCUUUACGUGCAUUAUUGCUAAUCUUUUUAACAACCCAGAAAGGCAGCUAUUACUCUGCAUCUUAGAGAGGAGGCUAUGAGAACUCUCAGAAAAAAAAAAUCAAGUAAUUUGUCUAAGAGGGGGCAGGACUUAAAGGUUGCAAAUGACAGGGCUUCCCAGAUGGCUCAGUGAGUAAAGAAUCCAUCUGCAAUGCAGGAGACACAG